GUCCCAGUCACCCAGGCAUACGCACAGGGAAGUACCUCGGCCCGGCUGCUCCAGGAAGCCCGCCUGCAGUUCUUCCCGGGCGCACGCAACCAGCGGCGAGUUUGGACGAAGGUUGGGACUGACGAACUACGCCAGGAGAUCGCAAGAGUAGGUGUCAAGGCGCAAGCCAUCCUCGCGAGUUUGGCCUUCCGUGCCUGGGCAUUGGCCGUGGCGGAGGCCAAGCGGCAGGUGGCAGAACUGUCCUGCAGUGCAGGUGUACCGCUCCUCCGGCGGGGUAAGCACGCCUCGGUCGUCCAGCGGCUGGUGGAGCAGCGCACAGCCGCACGCAUUGAGUCGCAGAAGCUGCGAUGUCUUCUCUCGUGGCAUGUUGCGGCGUGUAGUCCCGGCGAUGGUAUUGGCGAGAGGCGUCAUCGCGGCCGGCGCCUGCGUGCGUCGUUGCUUCGCGACGGACGCCUUCUUUGCCAG